CGCCGCUUCGUCGCCACUCGCCCCGUUGCUUCUCUCUCUCUCUCUCUCUCUCCACUGUCUUCCGUAAAAAUGGAUUUCCCAUUCUGACUGAUUCCAAUUGAAUUCCCCAGAACCCAUUCCAAGAAAAACCCAGUCAUGGCUUCUCUCCAUUUUCUCAAAUCCACCUCAUCUCCUUUCUCACUCUCUCACUCCAAUUCUUCGGAAUUCAAUUUCCAUCUUCGCUGUAGAAAGUUUCUCAAGUUUCAGAGCCAUCGCAGCUCUCAAAUUUCCAUUUACAGACGAGGCCUUAAGCUUUCUUCCAAGCUUCAAGAAGGUGACAAUCAAACCAAUGGUGAAGAACCUCCCGAGUCAUUGUUUAUGAAAGAAUUAAGGAGACGGGGUAUGACUCCCACUUCAUUGUUGGAGGAAAGCAAUAGGAGCAUCUAUGGAGACGAGGAGAUAAAAUUAAAGGAAGAAGAGGGAGGGUAUUCAAAAAGAAAUGCAGUGUCAACAGAUUAUGAAAAGGCCUUAUCUAAUCAAAGGGAACGUUCCAUAGCACUGAACAGUGAAGGCCUUGAGGGUUUGAUUCCACGUGCUAAAAUUUUGCUAUCCAUUGGAGGAACAUUUUUCUUGGGGUUUGGGCCAUUGAUCCUCAUAACAGUUGCAUUAUUCUCUGCCCUAUACCUUUAUUUUGGACCAACUUUCGUCCAUGAUGCAAGCAAAACAUCUGUAACACUACCCCAAUAUAUUGACCCAUAUUCACUUCUCGAAGAUGAAAGGAUAUCUCAAACAGCUCCUGGUGUAAAUUGAAGUGCAAACAUCUUUCAGACAUCAGCUUCUUCAAGCCUCACUUGCAGGUUUCUGUUGCCUUAUCUGCUGUUGUCAUUAUUCUAUUCUUUCCCUGUAAAAACAUAAAAUUAGGAAGAACAUGUAUUAUGUUUGUUUAUGAUCCAACUGUUUUCAUGAACUUUCUAAUCACAAGGAAUGCCCAUUAGAAUCAAAUUUGAUGUCUUCAUCCAUGUAUUGAUAUCUAUGGCAUUUUCUUUCAUGAGAAAUCACAUUGAAUCUGCAA